AUGAGAGGAUGGCAAGGAGAGCAGAACAAAUUAAAAGGAGGAGACUCACUCAUGGCCAAUGAGACGGAGGAUCAUGAAACUCAGUACUGCUUUCCUGCCAUCAACUCAUCAUGUAUCAAAGGAAAACGCUCCAGUCAUGAAUACAAUAUCAUGUAUGUGUUUUUUUCUUUGCUGUCAGCAUGGACUGUGUUUCUGAACCUGCUGGUGAUCAUCUCCAUCUCUCACUUCAAGAAGCUUCACACUCCAACCAACCUGAUCAUUCUCUCUCUGGCUGUGGCUGACUUGCUUAUUGGACUUAUUGUGAUACCUGUGGAUGCUAUUAAACUGAUUGAGACGUGCUGGAACUUUGGAGACACUAUUUGUAGAUUGUUUUUCAUCAUAAUGGGACUCCUCCUCUCAACAUCUCUCAGCAAUUUAAUUUUAAUUGCUAUUGAUCGUUAUGUUGCUGUGUGUCACCCUUUACUGUACCCCAAGAAAAUAACAACUACUAAAACUUUAAUGAGCAUUUGUCUCUGUUGGUUUUGCUCCUCAGCUUACAAUAGUGUUGGUCUGAGUUACGGGUCUGGUGACAUGUCACACAGAUCAGAUGCGUGUUAUGGAGAGUGUCCCCUUGUACUGAAUUUUGCUUUGGGAGUUACUGAUCUGUUCAUUUCUUUAUUGUUUCCUUGUACCCUGAUUAUAACUUUAUACUUGAGGAUAUUUUAUGCUGUACAUCAGCAAGUAAAAGUUAUAAACUCUCUGAUGAAGGGUGCCAAAUGUGAAAUGAAAGGUUCAGUGAGGAGGAAAUCUGAGAGCAAAGCUGCUCUGACGUUAGGAAUAAUUGUAACAGUUUAUCUGCUUUGCUGGAUUCCAUAUUAUAUAUUGUGUAUGACAGAAAACAGUGCCUCAUCUGCUGCAUCAGAUUUUCUAACAUGGUGCUUGUAUAUAAAUUCAUGUCUAAAUCCCCUUAUCUAUGCUCUAUUUUACCCCUGGUUUAGAACAUCAGUUAAACACAUAUUAACUCUUCAAAUAUUUAAGCCAUCAUCCUCUCUGGCUAAUGUUCUGACUGAUCGUCACUCAUGA